AUGGCGCUCAAGGUCGCGGUGAUCGGUGCGGGGGGCGUUGGGAGGACACUGGGAGCGCGCUUGCUGCUGAGUCCGAGCAAAUUCAGCGUCAAGUACGGGGUUAGGAGCACGGAGGCGAGGAAGACGCGGGACCUGCUGGCGGAGCAGCAGGGGAGUUCGGCCGCAACUGUGCACGAGGCAAUCCAGUGGUCGGACGCCGCGAUCGUCGCCCUGCCGGGCGCGCACGACGAUGCGGACAUGGCCGCGCUCGUCGAGACCCUCGGUCCGUGCGACGGAAAGGUCAUCCUAGAUGCCACAAACCCUCUGUCUCCGUUCCAAGACGGUCUGAAAGUGCGCUGGGGGCGCGACAGCGGCGGCGAGGCUCUCGCGAAGGCCGUCCCCGAGGCGCACGUCGUCAAGUGCUUCAACACCAUCGGGAUGGAGCACAUGGCCGAUCCGGUGCAAAAUCAAACCGGGCAGCCAAUGACGAUGAUGUACGCGGGGGCCCCGGAGGCGCGCGAGGUGACGGAGCGGAUCGUCGAGGGCGUGGGGUUCCGGCCGCGCUACUGCGGUCCCAUCUACUACGCGCGCCAUCUCGAGGCCAUGGCGGAGCUGUGGAUCCACGCCUCGCUCGGGGUGGGGGAGUUUCCCCCUGACGCGGCCUGGGGGCGGAACUGGUCCUUCGAGGUGUCGGAGGGCAGCUGCGGGGGCGACUGA